AUGGUACUCAAGAAGGCAGUGUGGUUAUGGGCAGCUCCCAGCCUACUGACGUCUUUCGUCAUAGGUGCGCCAACUGCCGAAAACCAGUAUGCCCUGCAGGCAGGCGACGAGAGUAGCCACCCUACGUCGCAGCGCAAGUUGCACGGCAGAUUUCUCCAUAUCACAGAUCUGCACCCCGACGAACAUUAUAAAGUCCACACGUCUACCGAAGAAAAUAUUGCAUGUCACCGAGGCCAUGGCCCAGCUGGCACUUAUGGCGCAGAAACUUCGGAUUGCGAUUCACCUCUAUCGCUUGUAAAUGUGACCCUCGAUUGGAUUACCGCAAAUUUAAAAGACUCCAUCGAUUUCGUCGUCUGGACUGGCGAUUCUGCCCGCCAUGACAGCGACGAAGAAAUACCCCGCCAUAAUAGCGAAAUUCUUGCUAUGAACCGCAGAAUUGCUGAUUCCUUUGUUAACUCAUUUUCUGACGAUAAAGGAUUGGUGGUUCCUGUGGUUCCAACUUUCGGCAACAAUGACAUCUACCCACACAACAUUUUAAUGCCUGGUCCGAACAAAAUCUUGAAAUCUUAUACCGACAUCUGGAAAGAUUUUAUUCCAGAGGAGCAACGUCACUCAUUUGAAUAUGGCGGCUGGUUUUACGUUGAGGUUAUCCCGGAUAAGCUUGCCGUCUUUAGUCUGAAUACCAUGUAUUUCUUCGAUCGCAACGCAGGUGUUGACGACUGCGCAUCACCAAGCGAACCCGGAUACCAACAUUUCGAAUGGCUUCGCAUCCAACUACAAUUUCUGCGCAAGCGCGGCAUGAAGGCCAUUCUCAUGGGCCAUGUUCCUCCCGCCAGGACCUCAGGCAAACAAUUAUGGGACGAAACUUGCUGGCAGAAAUACACUCUUUGGCUGCAGCAAUACCGCGAUGUCAUCGUCGGCUCCUUAUACGGUCAUAUGAACAUUGACCACUUCCUGCUUCAGGAUACAAAUGAAAUCGACUUUUCCUUCCUCGAGGCCGAAUCCGCUGAUCAGCAGGUUAACACUCGCGAGUCCAUCGAAGACGAAAUCUCGGUCGCAUCGAGCAAAGAUUACCUCAUGGAGUUGCGAGAAGACUGGGCUAAAAUCCCCGACCCCGUAAAAGGCCCCGCCCUCGAAAACUCCGGGAAGAAGAAGCAUAAGAAGUGGAAGAACAAGCUUGGCGGUCCUUACGCGGAACGAUACCAGUUGACCCUCAUUAGCCCCAGCGUUGUUCCAAAUUAUUUCCCAACCCUCCGAGUAUUCGAAUACAAUAUCACAGGCCUCGAAGAUACGCCGACGUGGAUGGACACAUCGCGCAUGUCGCACAGGAAGAGCGCAUCGCUCCCCAAGCCCGAAUACCGCGAACUAGAACUGCGCGACGUACCCGAAGUUGAUAUCGAGAAGAAAAAGAAAAAGAAGAACAAGGGCGAGAACGGCAAAACACCUAAACUACAUGUGCCUGACCCGCCAGCUGAGGGCACCCCGCCGGGCCCAGCGUAUUUCCCGCAAGCCUUGACACUUCGGGGGUUCGUUCAGUACUACGCCAACCUGACCUACCUUAACAAUGACAUCACCACUGGCGACGAAGAAGACAAGAUGUCGUCGACGGGGUGGGAUGCUGGCAAGCAUAAGGACAAGAAACCGAAACAUGAUAAACCUAAGCCCAAGGAAUUUGAAUUCCAGGUUGAAUACACUACAUACGACGAUCCUAUUUACAAACUCAAAGAUUUGACUGUUAGAAGUUUAUUGCGACUCGCUCAUAGAAUUGGACAGACCUCCGCAGAGUCCUUAGGGCUGAGCGAAGAUUUAGAGCAAGAAGAGGUAGACGGAGACGAAGACGAAGACGAAGAUGAUGUUAGCAAGGAAGUAGAAUACCAAGAUGAAGAUCAAGACGAGGAAGACGAAGAAUUUUCAGACGGCGAUGUCGAUGCCGAGAAGAAGAAGAAAAAGAAGGGCAAGGGAAAGCAUAAGGGCGGCAAGAAGCAGAGGAACACCAAGAUAUGGCUCCAUUUCCUAAAGCAUGCCUUCGUCAGCACUAGAAAUAUGGAUGAGUUGAAAGAUCUCAAGUAA